AUGAAUAAGAAGCGUGAACAAAAGGAAACGGAAAAGUUGAAGCAGUUGAAGACAAAGGACACAGAUAUCGGUCAGGUGUUUCGUGUGCUUGAUAACGGUCGUUUUGAGGCAAUGUUUUGCUUAGGCAGGAUGCGUCCUGUUCUAACUACCUGUCGUAUCCCGGUUAAUCAGGUGCUUAAGGGCGUUUCAAUCAUGCCUGGCGACAUCGUUUCAGUUGAUCAUUACCAUUAUCGUUGGUAUGAACCGCAAUUAGUCCAUAAGUAUUCCUAUGAUGAAGCGACAUUGUUGAAGAAGGUUGGUGAACUGCCUCAACAUGUUACCCUUAAUAAUGAGAUUUAUUGA